AUGCAAAGCGAACGGUCAUACAACGGCUCGAGCAUGGUUGGAGUUCUCGUCAUCCUCGCAACUUACAUCGCCUGCUUCACAGAAGUUGGUGUGAAUGGCAAUUUAGUCAUCGACACACCAAGUGGAUGCGUCGACGUCACUGUUAACAUUCCCUACGAAUUCAAGGCCAUCCGCGUUGAUCAAACCGACUACGACUUUAAGGACGGCGAGUGUGUCAACAGACAAGAUCCCUUGGAUGUAAUUGAAUGCUCACUAAUUGAAAACUGUCUUGGUGGCUUCAUCGGCAAAGCGCGGGUGUGCAACGUCGAGAGGAAGACAUGGACUGGAUUCUACGUCAGCAACCUACUUGGUGGAAGUCGCUUCGCAUAUGUCUCCGUCUACUUCUCCCACAAUGGCACGUGGACCGGUAUUGACAAAAACUGCAUUCAGCCACAACUGUCUGGCCCGACGGUGUUCAAGGCGGGUGGACUGAACGAGGUGGAAAUCGUUUGUGCUCGUAAGAUGGACUGUCCAAUGGGACCAUUCACCACAAUCAUGACCAAGGACCAAUCGAUUUGCUCGGAUUACGGAGCGCCCUUAUGCGAAAUAACCGAGAACGACGACAUCAAAUACCUGAGGGCAGUCAUCCCGAGGCCCGAUGAUGGCGACCGAACCUUCGCGUUCUGCUCGACAGGAGACACCUUCCUGUCCUAUGAUAUCGACUGGGGUACCUCAGAUGGCAUUUGUGUGGACCACGGUUUUGACGAUGCUGCUGACGGUCCUAGAACACGAGAACGCGGCCAACCGGAACGCGGUGUCUAA